AUGCCCAGGGGCAAAGGUUACAGACGGUCUGAAGCUGCGAAGCUGAGGCUCACUGGGCGCCGCCAGGAUCCGGAAGUGCGAUUUGGCAGUACCACCUUUAAAGCACUCCGUGGUACAGGGUACCGCCAUCCGGUUCUGAGCUGGCCAACUUCACCGUUCACAGACAAGAGCCAUAAGUUGGUUGUACCAGCUCACUCCCCAGACAAAAAGUUCAUUCUGGUUGUUGGGGACUCUCAUCUACGUGCACUGGUAGAUGGGUUCGUCCAGAUGCCAGAGGGAUGCUUGUCCUUUGGCUUCAUGUCAACGCCGGGGGCCUCAGCAGCGCAGCUGAGGACUGAGGUUGAACACGCUGUUCUCCCUCAGAUCCCAGAGGCAGUCUGUCUGUUGGCUCCUGGCAAUGACUUGACUGCCAGCCAGACCAUUGAGGAAGCUGCAAAGGAGUUCAGGAGGCUCCUGUACUCCAUUUGCAAGCGCUGGCCAAAUGUGUGUGUCCUGGAUUUCCCCCGGCGCCUGACCAUGACCAUGGACCACCAGAAACUUCUGAGCCAGGAGUACCAUCGUGUUGCAGCACAGAUGGGUAUGUAUUGGCAAAUAUGUGUACUUUAA